CUAACUCUACAUCCAGCCAGAGCCAAAAAGGUAUUUGCUAUGAAUGAUCCACGGGUGAGAUCGUUCCAGAUCAGUCCUGGAGACUUAGAGGCUGCUCAGCUUGAUGAUCUCAUAAGGGAGAUAGAACAGAAGAGUCUAUUUUACUACCAAGAGAAGAAAAAGUCUUUGAGAGCUCGUUAUAUCUAUGGAACCAUCUUCUUGAUUAUAAAUCUAUGCGCUUGGUUCAUCCGUGACUACGCACAAAAGGCUCUGACCUUGCUUCCACAUGUUAGUAGUUGUGGACCAGAAGGGAGUCACUGUUUCCAUACUCUUGGGGUACUCAGAGUGAGUAUUGGAUGUUUCAUAUUUUUCCUCAUUAUGUUCCUCUCAACAUGGAACACAAUGAAACUCCACCAAGCUCAAAACACUUGGCACUCAGACAACUGGUCCUUCAAGUUUCUCCUGCUGGUUUCUGUCAUGGUUGCUUCUUUCUUCAUACCUCAGCUAUAUAUCCAAAUUUACGGAGAAAUCGCGCGUGUUGGUGCAGGGAUAUUUCUUGGACUUCAACUAAUAAGUGUGAUUGAAUUCAUCACUUGGUGGAAUAACUACUGGAUGCCUAAUAACCAAAGCAAGCAAAGCUGCUCUUUUGGUUUUGUCAUGUCAAUAGUUUUCUACAUCGGCUCUGUUUGUGGGAUCGCGGUGAUGUACUACUUCUAUGUAGCUUCAACUGCUUGUGCCCUCAAUAUAUUCUUUAUCUCAUUGACUGUUAUUCUUCUGAUCAUUAUGAUGGUUAUGUCCUUACAUUCCAAGGUGAAGAGCAGCCUUAUGUCAUCUGGGAUUAUGGCUUCCUACAUUGUGUUCUUAUGUUGGUCUGCCAUCAGAAGCGAACCUUCACAUACCAAAUGCAAUGCGCAUACACAGAACGGUCACACCGAUUGGAUCACAGUACUGAGUUUCCUUAUAGCUAUAGGAGCCAUUGUGAUGGCAACAUUCUCAACCGGGAUCGAUUCAGAAUCCUUCAGCUUCCAGUUCCGUAAAGACGAAGCUAAAGAAGAAGAUGAUAUUCCAUAUAGCUAUGGAUUCUUCCAUCUUGUGUUUUCCUUAGGAGCAAUGUACUUUGCUAUGUUGUUCAUCAGCUGGAACCUCGAGCAAUCAGCUCGGAAAUGGAGCAUGGAUGUUGGGUGGACAAGCACAUGGGUGAAGAUAGUGAAUGAGUGGUUUGCCGCAGGGAUAUACCUGUGGAAGUUGAUUGCACCUAUUGUGAGACAGCCUAGGGUUCAUGAGCAACCUCAGCCAACAACAACAGAAGUCAGCAGAUAGAUAGGUGGAGUGAAUUAUCACUGUCAUUGCUCAAUUUUUGAAGUUAAUACAGAAACAGUUCCAUCUCCAUUUUCUAAAAAGCUUUUUUUUACCAAGUUCAUUCAUUUUUUUUACCUUAAUGUGAUUCCAUUAAGAACAUAAUCCAAUGUACAAUUUGUGGUGA